AUGCCCAGCGAGGAAAUGGAGAUCACCACUGAUUUUGGACCCACUGGCUUAAGCGAAGACAUUGACAUAGAUGUCGAAUUCGUGGCUGGCCAACCCGAUGAAGAUCUGGACCUGGGAGACAUUGACGGCGAAGAGGUUGAGCACUUCAACUCUGAUACCCGAGAUGAGCUCAUGGCCGAGCGCGAUGAUGCCUCCUUUGGCAUGGUAGAUGCGGACGAUCUGGAUUAUAAUGACUCGGCCAAUGCCAACAAUGACUAUGAAAUUGAUCUUGGUGGAGAUGACGCCAACAUGUGGCAGGACAAUCCUACAACAGGAGAUGAGAACGAUUACAAAGCCCAAGCAGAGGUCACAGCACGAGUAUCGGCAGACAUGGGGGACAUGGCAGCCCAAGGCACUAUGGAAGCAAGUGCUUCUAGUGAUGUUGCUGCCAGCUUUGAGAACAGCGGCUCCGUUGGGGCAAUUGCCUCUCAGGACUUUGGUAGCUUUCAUAACGUUACUGAACUGACCAUGGAGCCCCCUGUUGAAGAGUUCGAUGACCGAGAGGAGGUAGAACCAGGCCAAGCUUACAGCGACACGGCACCGAGAGCUGCUGAUGACUUUGAAGAGCUCCAGUUGCCCAACACCACAGAGCUGACGUCACACCCGAUCGAUGAAUCGCAGAGAAUUCUGGAACCUGAUGCUACGAAGGGUACUACAGGUGCGGCGGAUACUCUGACCAUUUCUGAUGAACAGAAACUGGAAGAUGGAUUUCCGAAUGAACCUGAGGGAGAUGUCACAUCUGGUCGCGAUCAAACUGAAGACGAGCAAGACCUUGGCCAGGACGAGAACGCUGAGCAACAUGUCCUUCAGAAUCAGGAUGAUUCAACAUGGGUUGAGGGCACCGCAGACUGUAUCCAUGAAGAGGAUCAAACAGGUGAUGAAUUUUUCCAUGAAAGCACCACCGAUGACCAAAUCACGGAGCACACUACAGCAGACCUGGAUGGGACUGAAGUUAAGGACAGCCUGAAUCCGGAUGAAGAUGGCAGUGUCCAGGCCGUAGAGGAUCCGACCACUGUAGCCAGUCGCCAUGAAAUGAUUGUCAACUAUGGCGACACGGACUACCGACUCUUUGCCAGGGAACCGGAUGAUGAUCCGAAUUCAUACUUCUUGCGCGACAUGUCUGCCUUGCAACUUCCCCUUCGCGAGUUCCUUUCUAGCAUUCGUGCGGUCAUAUCCUCGGAGAUCUCACCAUUGAACGAGCUCGUAAUGUACGUAGAUGGACUUGGGCUAGAAUUUGGAGAGACUAUGGCGAGUGACUUUCUUGAUGGAUACUCCUUCGGUGACCUCAUUUCUCUCUACGAUACCCUGCUGAAGAAUGACGAUGAUGCUGGAGAUAGGCCCGAUCUCUAUAUGCAUCUUGUGAUAAGACCUAAUUGCCGUCAACGCAUUGCAGCGUUGAUGGAAUCGGCGACUGCUGGCAGAGGGUUCUCAGAAGUCGCUGUUUAUCGCCCAGCGCCCCCGCCCACGCCCCCCGCCCCGCCCCACAUGUCUAUGUCCUCCGAGGGAUCAGAGGAGUUUUACUAUGACGACGACGAUAUCGAUGCUUCUCAAGGGCAUGGAUCUAGCUACGUGGAUAAUGAGCAGCACGAAGGUGUCACUUUUGAGGAGCAGGCAUAUCCUGGCGAAAGUAACGAUCUCUCCAACGAAGCCAGUGCUAGGGUUGGUUCAGAGGAACCGAUCCAUGAAUCUCCCGAGGAAACUGCUUCCCAAGUGCACAAGGUAAACGACUCCGAGGAUCUUUCUUUCCAGCAGGAGGAAUACGAUGAGCUCGAUGAAGCCGUUUCCCCGGAACAAAACAACAGCAACGUUGGGGGAGAUCCUUCUGAGGGACGGGGUCUCUACGUGCUCGAAGAAACCUCGCUCGACGAGCAAAGCAACAAUGGUCGAGCCGAAGCUGCGCUGGGCGAGCUAGGAGACGAUGACCUAGGGGGUGCCCAGGGUCAUGGCGUACACGACGAUACCUCGUACGACGAGCAAAGCAAUGACGAUCUCGCUGAAGCUACGCGUGUCAUGCAUGCAAACGACAAUCCCGAGAAACCUGCCCCCGAAGACGAAGAAGCAACAGGCCUUGCCGGCAAUGCGGGAGCCACCGUAGACGAUGAUGAAAUCGAUUAUGACAAGUCAGAUAUGGAGCUGUCUACACAGGGUAAUUACCCAAAUUCCUUUAACCCCCCCAUUCUUCAGAUUUCUUUUUACUGCACUAGACUGCCUGGUUGCGGUUGCGAUGUGUGUUUCCUCGACAAGAUUGAGGCUGGGCUUGCGGUGGAAGCCCGAAGCCGGAGCAGUGAGCAGACUAUGUUGCACAGUGAAGGUGGCUCAAGGAGGAACGGUCUUGUUACGGCGUCGAAUCUGCUACAAGCACCAAGUAAUACUAAUACGCAUCGAUCUCAAGAUGAAAUAGAUGCAGCAGACAACCUAGUAAGCACUGCAGUACCGACGAACAACGGACCAUCGGAACGGGCUGCUUCCCACAGCUCCAGCGCAACUGCCACUCUGAAUGGGGACGGCAAAGACGAGAUUGAUUAUUCCGAUGACGAAAUCGACGUCGGCGAACAGGAACCUGCGCCGACUGGUCAGACAGGCUCAACGCCAAAACUUGAAAUUCUAGACGAUGAUGAAAUUACGUGGGAGUCGGACAACGAAGAGGCACGCAGCAAUAUCAAAGUUUCCCGACAGUCGUUACAAGUGUCUCCGGCGGUUGGGAAGCGGACGCUUUCGGACUUCAAUGCGGAUGCGGAUGAGGACGCAGAUGAGAAGAACGAUGCCAAGCGUCAUCGAUCUUGA